AUGAAGCCACCUCGGUUCGAUGGCAGCGACGCAACAAACUGGAUCUCCAGAGUUCACUAUUAUUUUGAUCACGUGAUCAUGCCAGAGGCUCAGAGUCUUCAUUACGCUGUCAUGCUGUUCGAUCCGCCAGCGUCGGAGUGGGUGUUUAAUUAUUACGCCAAUAAUGAUUUUGUCACGUGGCAGGAAUUUUUGGAGGAUGUUCGGCACCGCUUCGACAGACAAAGCUUCAAGGAUUAUUUCGAGUUAAUCGCUAAGCUGACUCAGACGGGAAUAGUGCUGGAGUACCAUGAUACAUUUGAGAAGUAUUUAAAUCAGGUCCAGGGGGUCCCGGAGUCAAAACUUUUUACUCUGUAUGUGGCGGGUCUGAAACCGGAUAUGCAAGAACGCGUGUCGCUACACCGGCCGACGUCUCUGGCAGCAGCCAUGGCGUUAUCCCUGGAAAUAGCGGAUACACAAUCUGACCAGAAAUUGGUAGUUGGUCAUGUGUGUAAGCAGCGUAUGCUCUGCUACGCGGAUGAGGAGGAAGCAGCAACUGAUGAGUGGGACGGUGCUGUUAGGGAUGAGGAGGCACCGACUGAGGUCGCCCAUAUACACUCGCUUGAUGGGGGACGACGGUCUCGCCCACUCAAGGUGUUGGGACAGAUUCAGGAUCGUGAGGUUUGCAUACUGGUUGACAUGGGCAGUGACCGAGACUUCUUGCAUCCGACAAUUGCGGAGAGUCUACAUCUACCGUUAUCUCUGAUUCGACCUUUUCGGGUGUUUGUAGGUAACAGAGCAGCUUUACUUUGCACUCACGUGGCGAAGCAAACUAAAUUGAAGGUGCAAGGAUCCGAGUUUGUGGUGGACCUUCACAUCUUACCGAUUCAUGGCCCGGAUGUGAUUUUAGGCAUGGAUUGGCUGGAGUCGCUGGGUACGAUUUCCGCAGACUUCACACGCAAAACACUGGAAUUCAAUCACAAGGGGCAGCCGUUCAUCCUGCGUGGGAUCACAGAACCACCGCGCCGCCUGGCGGUACAGCCUCGACUAUUGAUGCACUCUUCCCCUGAUGUGGCAGAAUGCUUUGAGAUCGCUUUAUUGGAGCUGGAAUCAGGUGCGACUGAGUUGGAGAUUUUUCCCGAUGAUCUGCCGAUAGGGGUAGCGGCAGUGUUGGAUGGUUUUCGUACGGUUUUCAGGGUCCCGACGGGAAUGCCUCCGAUUCGCCCAUACGAUCACCGAAUUCAUUUGUUUCCAGGGUCCAACCUGGUGAAUGUGAGACCGUACAUGUACCCCUACUUCCAGAAAAACGAGAUUGAGCGGCAAGUCCGAGAGAUGUUGGAGCAAGGAAUUAUUCAGAGGAGCAGCAACCCGUUUUCUUCGCCUGUGUUAUUUAUCCGAAAGAAAGAUGGGUCUUUCUAUUUCUGCAUCGAUUAUCGAGCCUUGAACAAUGCCAGAGUUCCGGAUCAUUUUCCAAUCCCGACAGCAGAUGAGCUCUUUGAUGAAUCGGGGAAGGCGAGAGUAUUUUCCAAGCUAGAUCUGUGA